CAGACGGGUUCCCAGGGCACAAGUCGAAAAGCUGGCCUUGAGGCAAGAACCAUGGACUGGAAACUUCACUCGGUUCAAUAUUGUCUCAGGAACAUCUUUUUCCUCUUGAUGCUUUGUUUCCAUAUAUGGAUUUCAGCAAUAUCGGGGAGAGGUGUAAAUGGAACAGCACUGAAAACAAUUUCACUGACAUUCAACAAAGAGCAACACUCAAAUCAAACAAGAACUAUUACUCUAAUGAACACACUAAACAAGCUACGCCAUGCACUAGAAAAGAAAAACCAACAAUGGAUAUUCAGAAAAAGGAAACUUCUCUCUACUACAGAUAGCUUAACCUCUGCCCAGGGACAAACCAAUCGAUCACUCGCCCAUUCUACUGUUAUGAAGCCAGAAGGAACCUCCCCAUCAUCUGAGUCUCCCCUGGCCAUGUCUCCUUCCAUGCCGACCGUAUCCUCUCCGGCUCGGACCUCGCCGCCAUCGUCUCCCUCAGACACCACCAUUGCAUCCCAUGGCACGAGUUCUUCUAUUCAUGCAGAAUCCACCCCAGCUGAAGGAGGCACCACCUCUUCGCUCCAUUCGACACGCUCAAGCACUGAAGUCCCAGAAACCAUGUCCUCCACAGAGUCGGUGGCCUCUAUUGUCACCACAACAGCUACUGUUGGCAUGACUGAGCUAACCUCCGCCAAGGAACCAACUAGUCCCUCCCUCGCCCACUCUUCUACCAUGCAGCCGAAAGGAACCUCACCGCAGGAGACCACAACUCAACACCCGCCUUCUGGCUCUUCCACAGGGGAACCAGAGGUCAGCUCUGCCCGAGGCACCUCCGUUUCCCCGUCAACUUCUUCCCCUUCCAGUCACCACUCUUCCAUUGCCCUUACCAAGGAAACCACCGUCUCCUUCCGGUCCACCCGUCCUCCAGCCAAGGUCGAAUCAACAGCAGUUGAGGGGACCAGCCCUUCCCUCUCUUCGGCAACAUCUCCUACGGCUGUGCAGCUCAGAACCUCGACUCUGGAGGUGACCGGUUCCACCCCGAUGAGGUCGCCUUCCACUGUGGAGACCAGCUUCACGUCUCUUGAAGGUCAAACCACGCCAACCUUCAGCAAGGUUUCUCCCACUAAGGCCGAGCUGACCUCAGCAGAAGUGACCAAAACAGCUUCCCCAGCAUCCGAAUCUCCCCUGGCCACGUCUCCUUCCAUGCCGACCGUAUCCUCUCCGGAUCGGACCUCGCCGCCAUCGUCUCCCUCAGAGACCACCAUUGCAUCCCACGGCACGAGUUCUUCUAUUCAUGCAGAAUCCACCCCAGCUGAAGGAGGCACCACCUCUUCGCUCCAUUCGACACGCUCGAGCACUGCAGUCCCAGAAACCAUGUCCUCCGCAGAGUCGGUGGCCUCUAUUGUCACCACGACAGCUACUGUUGGCAUGACUGAGCUAACCUCCGCCAAGGAACAAACUAGUCCCUCCCUCGCCCACUCUUCUACCAUGCAGCCGAAAGGAACCUCACCGCAGGAGACCACAACUCAACACCCGCCUUCUGGCUCUUCCACAGGGGAACCGGAGGUCAGCUCUGCCCGAGGCACCUCCGUUUCCCCGUCAACUUCUUCCCCUUCCAGUCACCACUCUUCCAUUGCCCUUACCAAGGAAACCACCGUCUCCUUCCGGUCCACCCGUCCUCCAGCCAAGGUCGAAUCAACAGCAGUUGAGGGGACCAGCCCUUCCCUCUCUUCGGCAACAUCUCCUACGGCUGUGCAGCUCAGAACCUCGACUCUGGAGGUGACCGGUUCCACCCCGAUGAGGUCGCCUUCCACUGUGGAGACCAGCUUCACGUCUCUUGAAGGUCAAACCACGCCAACCUUCAGCAAGGUUUCUCCCACUAAGGCCGAGCUGACCUCAGCAGAAGUGACCAAAACAGCUUCCCCAGCAUCCGAAUCUCCCCUGGCCACGUCUCCUUCCAUGCCGACCGUAUCCUCUCCGGAUCGGACCUCGCCGCCAUCGUCUCCCUCAGAGACCACCAUUGCAUCCCACGGCACGAGUUCUUCUAUUCAUGCAGAAUCCACCCCAGCUAAGGAGGCACCACCUCUUCGCUCCAUUCGACACGCUCGAGCACUGCAGUCCCAGAAACCAUGUCCUCCGCAGAGUCGGUGGCCUCUAUUGUCACCACGACAGCUACUGUUGGCAUGACUGAGCUAACCUCCGCCAAGGAACAAACUAGUCCCUCCCUCGCCCACUCUUCUACCAUGCAGCCGAAAGGAACCUCACCGCAGGAGACCACAACUCAACACCCGCCUUCUGGCUCUUCCACAGGGAACCGGAGGUCAGCUCUGCCCGAGGCACCUCCGUUUCCCCGUCAACUUCUUCCCCUUCCAGUCACCACUCUUCCAUUGCCCUUACCAAGGAAACCACCGUCUCCUUCCGGUCCACCCGUCCUCCAGCCAAGGUCGAAUCAACAGCAGUUGAGGGGACCAGCCCUUCCCUCUCUUCGGCAACAUCUCCUACGGCUGUGCAGCUCAGAACCUCGACUCUGGAGGUGACCGGUUCCACC